AUGUCGCAGUCGCAAGUCGAAAUUCCCAAGGUUCAUUCAGAAAUAUUUGGAGAUUAUGUGGAAAUUGUGUCAAGUCAUUUGAGCUUGAAACAGUGGUACAGAAAAUGUUAAAAUACGUCUGAACCUCUUAUUUCUUCAAAUCAUUAUAAGAUUCUGAUUAAAUAUGAUCUCGAACCAGCGGAAAACGACCUUCGUGUUAUCCUUGCAAUAUGGUUCAGUUUAAAGCCUGCGAAAUUCAACAUGCUAUCUAAUUUAUGACGAAUUUCACGGAAACAGCUGUUUUUCUCACGAAAAUAGUUUUUGUUCCCGCCUGCCAAAAAUCGCUAAAACAACAUAUUAAUCACCACGCCCUGAUAGCUGUUUGAGAGCCUGGACUCGUUUUUUCCGACUUCAGACCACAUGAAAUACCUCAAAUCGUCGCGUUUGUUCUGCAUUUUGACGGUUAAAAAAAUCAAGGCCUGUUGAUCGUUCAGCUGCUGGCGGCCUUGAACGACCCCCAGAACCACAUCCGAGUAAUUUUAUCAGGACGUAUCAACUCGUAGAAAGCAAAGUAUACUUCCCCCAGUUCAAACACUCAAACUUAUUUACGGAUCUUAGAUUCUUUUAGUCCCAGGGACCUUUUCUAUUCAAUAAGGAUUAUGGUAGGUAUCCAUCCAUUAGCUUCAAAAGGAAGAAAUCAAAAGAAAAGUGCUCGCUAAUCACGUUUAGUGGAACACCCGGACAUUGAGAAGUUAAUCCGCGCAUUUUUGAGAAUUUCCGCAAAAGAACAAUGCAUCACAUUUCCUUCCUUUCAUAACAUUUCGCUCUUCGUUUUGAAAAUAUACGAUCGUUCGGCUGCUAUAAAACAAAACAUAAAUUCGAUAGUCAUUUCAUAUUCUUUCGAAAUUUCAGUUCAGACAGCCAAGAUGAUUCAAGAGAACCCUUUUUGUAGUGGAGUGUUCUGAAAACUACAAUAAUUUUGUGAUUGUAUUCUGCAAACUUUUUUUUUGUUUUUUCUGGUUCACUAGAUUCAGAUUCCCACCCAAGUCUCGGAAGUGAGAAAAGGAAGUAAGUAGAGAGUGAUUUUCAAUAAUUCUCUGAAAUGAGUCAGUUUGUGCCAGAUUUUAUGUCAUAAAUUGACGAUUUCACAUCUUUUGAAAACCUUUGCGGAUACUGUAGCUUCUUGAAGUGUUUUGGAUUACCAGAAAACCUUCUUUUCCCAUCUCCUCAGAUUUUUGGAUUGAAAUUUCUGAAGAUUUAUUUUCAAUCUAGAUACUGUAGCUUCUACUCAUCUCGAAUAACGUUCCCUUCCUCAUUUUUCUUUCCUGAAACUCUCAACUGUCCGAUUCCGUUCUUCAUCUCUUCAUGAAUUGAAUUUUCUGAAAGUUGACUGGAUAAAAGUGUCCAAACCCACUAGAAACUUAUGAAUUUGCAAUGUUCAUGUUGUGAGAAAGGUGUUGUAGGAGUUUCAACUUAGUUAAGGGGGAAAAUUUUGAAUUUCGGGACAUAGAAAUUUUCAGGCAUUUUGGGUGCACCCCAGGUGCAGUCCAGUGUUUUGUGGGUGCACCUAAAAUGCCUGAAAAUUUCUAUGUCCCGAAAUUCAAAAUUUUCCCCCUUAACUAAGUUGAAACUCCUACAACACCUUUCUCACAACAUGAACAUUACUACCUGAGUGGGUUUGGACACUUUCCAGCCGGUCUUCCGACUUUUUCGACCAUUUCGAGGAAUUUCGAUGAACUUCACAACAAAAGGCUCAAAACCCAUCCUAGGUGUCUGAAAUUUGUCCAAGCCCACUUGAGCCUUAGGAAACAUGUGCUUCUACGCUUUUGAAAAAUGUUUCCCUGUCCGAUUCCGUUACUGUCGAAAUUCUCUUUUCCAUCGCCUAAGUCGAAUCUGCAGGCGUUUGCAGCCGAUUGAUGUUUUGCGAAUGUUGGCCCUUUCUCCUUGGGACACGCUCGUGAAGCUUCUCACCGACUCGCUGCUCAACUGCACCGCCCGAGAUGUGCCGCACGCCGGGGUCUUCCUCAACUGUCAGUCCAAUCCCUGCCGACUUUCCAACCUUAGAGACUUUCCAGCGCUCUCGCCGACCUACGUCACCGCGUUGGCGGUCGCGACGGCGAUGACCGCGGCGACGCUCUGCAUGACCGUUCUGCACCUCAUCUACAUCGCUAUGUACAUCACCCACUCCGACCGGCGGCUCUUCAUCAUCCUUCUCGCCUGCACAGCGCCGGUCAGCUCUUUUCCGUGUUUUAAUGAUAAGAGAUUUAGAUCCAAUCAUUUGAAAUCGUAGAAAAUCGGAAAGAAAGUUGUAAUAAUUCCAAUUUUGCAGAAACUAGGAAUAUCUGUUAGAAACAAAAAUAAACUUCUUGAUUUACAGUUUGUGUCGCUGCUGUCCCUGGUGGCGAUGUACAUGCCGCGAGUUUGGUUCCUGGCGCACCUGCUCUCGUUUCUGUAUUUCUCGUUCGCCUUGUGGGUCAUCAUCUGCCUCCUCAUGCAGAUCUUCGACGGCCACCAGGCGCUCGUCAGCAAAAUGUGCGAGCGGCUAGAACACAUUGAGGUUCUUUUCUUGUUCUUUCAAAAAUUCAGAAUAAGAGCCAAAGAUUUCAAAAAAGAGGAUUUAAAGGUUCAGAAUUUUUCGAAAGUCAAAAACUUUUUUUCGAAAAUCUUUGAAACGAAAAAUAGCAGAUAGCGGCUAGAUGAAUUUGAUUCCAGCUCGGACCUCGGUGACCAAAACUCGAAGUUUCUCAGUUAUUCUAGGGAUCACUUAAGAGUGACGCUACUAUAGUGGUCACUAGAAAUGCUCCGACACGUUCGGUUCGUGUUAACAACUUCCGAAAAAAAGCACAUUUUUUAGGAUACUCAGGUUACUGUCAAAUCAUUUCUCAUGUGCAUCGAAAGCCUCGGAACCCCUUUCCAAAUACCAUUUGUUCAGGUAGCAACGCCGCCGUUCUGCUGCGUCUUCCCGUGUCUACCAAAGGUGCGACUGGAAGGGUCAGUUUCUCCGAAAUAAUUCUCGAAACGAUCAAAAUUUUCCAGUCGGAAGAUCCGUCUAUGCGAGCUGAUGGUCCUCCAGGCGCCCUGCGUGCGGCUUCUCGCCACACUAAUUUCACUGAUCAUCUACUUUGAGUACCAGGAUCAAGGACUGAUGUAAGUCGUCGCUCAAGCGCCGUAUAAUACUGAUUUUCCCGAUUUGAAGAGCGCUCAAAGUGCUAGACUUUAUCACGUUACCGUCGUUGCUCGCCGGCAUCUACGGCACUCAUAUUCUGGUCACGACCGUCUCGAGAAUGGUGAGCAACUCUUUCUUCCCGAAGGGCAUGUGAUUCGAAAACAAUAAAAUGAAAGUCACGGAGCCUUUCAAAGAAAAAUGGGGAAAUUGUGAAAUUGAAACAGAAAAAAAUCGUGACUUCUUGCAACUCCCUUUUGAACUCGAACUUCUCAUUUUGAAACUUUAACCAAUUUUCAGGACGAAUUGAUCUCCUACCGAUACGUGGUCGUUUUCCGGCUGCUCGACUUCUUCUUCAUGUUCUUCGGUCUGCAGCAGCCGGUCUUCGACUUUCUGGCACGAUACGGAGCCUUCGGAUGCGGCACCGUCCUGCCCGCCAUCGAAUCUUCUUUCUGUGAGUUGUGACGUCGGUCCCCCCAGAACCAUCGUCAAAAUGUUCAGACUGGAAGAACUUCUUCACUGUCCUCGAGGCGUUUCUGGUGACGCUCAUCUCGACGGUCCUCCUCCAGCCUUCCAAGUCCUCCUUCUUCGACAAACAUCCCAGUUGUCGGUCCAUGUCUUCUGCCAGGAGCAACACCGACGUCGAGACCGACGAGUCAACAGCGUGA